AUGCCCCGUGCCUUCCUGGUCAGGAGUCGGCGUCCACAGCCGCCCAACUGGGGCCACUUGCCUGACCAGCUCCGAGGAGAUGCCUAUAUCCCAGACUGCAGCAGCCUAGGGGGGCCACCAGCACACCAGCCUUCCAGCCUCAGGGACUCUUGGGCAGCGCCCACACAGGGCACCCUGGCCUCUGCUCCAAGAGGCCCAGGGACACUUGGCUGCCCGCUUUGUCCCAAGGCCUUCCCAUUGCAGCGCAUGCUGACGAGGCACCUCAAGUGCCACAGCCCAGCACGCCGCCACGUGUGCCGCUGCUGCGGCAAGGGCUUUCACGAUGCCUUCGAUCUCAAGCGCCACAUGAGGACUCACACCGGGAUCCGGCCAUUCCGGUGCGGUGCUUGUGGGAAGGCAUUUACACAGCGCUGCUCCCUCGAAGCCCAUCUCGCUAAGGUGCACGGGCAGCCGGCCAGCUACGCCUACCGUGAGCGCCGUGAGAAGCUGCACGUGUGCGAGGACUGCGGCUUCACCAGCUCCAGGCCUGACGCCUACGCACAGCACCGUGCCUUGCACCGCACCGCCUGAGCCGGUGCGCCAGCGUCCUCCCCACGAGGCAAAUAAACACAAGCAACUCGUGAA